GACAACUAUAUAGACCGUGCAGUCACAGAGCAGGACAAAUACAUUGUGUAACAGUGUGUAACAAAACAGUAGCUUUAAUAUCUUUCUGAAGCAGAGUUUGUGUAGAGAUCUGUGAGAGUGAACUCAGGAUGAAGAUCCUCCUCAUCUUCACGCUCUGUCUGAUCUCAGAUGGAGGAGCCUCAAAGGAGGUAACAGGUUAUUCAGGAGGAGGAAUCCUUAUCAAGUGUGAAUAUGAUCAUAAGUACACUGAAAACCAAAAAUAUUUCUGUAAGGGUUCAUGGGCAGCCUGUUCUGAACAAGUAAAGACAGGAGAUAAAAACCAGUGGGUAAAUUCAGGAAGAUUCUCACUGUAUGAUGACAGCAGAUCAUCAGAGUUCUGGGUGAUGAUCAGAGAGCUCACUGUACAGGACACUGGGACGUACCACUGUGGAGUUUAUAGUAGUUCAUGGAUGGACAUUAAGACACCGGUGGAACUGAAGGUUAAGAAAGGUGUCAUGAGCGGCACAGAUGUGACUGCAUAUGCAGGGACAAGAAGCAACAUCAAGUGCAGUUAUGAAGAUGGAUACAAAUAUCAAACAAAAGCUUUCUUUAAGCUCACAACAGAUAAGUGGACAAUAUGUACAAAAACAAACAGUGAAUGGUCACAUGAUGGCAGAUUCUCAAUUCAUGACAACAGAAGUGCAGGAUUCUUCAGUGUGUUUAUCAGAGAGCUGAAUACGGAGGACACUGGAACAUACGCAUGUGGUGUUGUUCUGUCUGAUGAAACAGAGAUCUACACUGAAGUGAAGCUGAAUGUAACAGAAGAUCUGUCCUUUGAGAAGACCAUCAGCAAGACUGUCACUGUUGGAGAAGAUUUGACCAUCAGUUGCAAAUACCCAGAAUUCCUAGCAAGUGCUCCAAAGUUUCUCUGCAAAAGACCUAAAUUGGCUGCAUGUUUAUAUAAAACAACUGUUUCAGAAAGUCGAAAAUAUGUGAACGAGGGGAAAUUCACGCUGUAUGAUGACAAAGAAAAACAAAUCUUCAGUGUUCGUAUUAGAAAUGUAAUUGAACAGGACUCUGAGGAAUACUGGUGUGGAGCUGAAGUAAACUGGAAAUCUGAUCACGGAUACAAGGUUUAUUUCACACGGAUCAACCUGGAAGUAACCCGAUUUCCUCUUUCCAUUGUAAUCACUGUGUGUUUAAUUCUGCUGGUGCUUCUGAUUGGAAUCGUGUUCCUCAUUGUGACUCUCCGAAAGAGAUGCAAAACAACUCAGCUAGUGCAGUGUAGCACAAUCAACGGCUAA